AUGCUUGUCACAGGAGAAAGGGAACAUCUAAGUUCAUCAACAGUAACUUUGGUACAACCAGGCACAUUUGAUGCCGUUGAGUAUCCUAUGGACGCAUCCUUGGUGCGCGCUAUGUCAUCCAAUCGUAAAUACGCUUAUAUUACACAAAACACCAAAGAGAUUUUUCGCCACUCCAAUGAAGAGCUUUACGAAGUGUUUCGAAUUGUGAAUGGCACCCGCACAGGGGACUCUUUCGCAGUUGGACCCAAAGGGAAUGGUUUUGAAGCGAUACAUUCUUUAGAAUGGAAUCCAAAUCCCAAUAAAAACGAUUUUAUAUUUGUGCACGAUUACAAUAUCUACUAUCAAGAUGAUCCAGAAAAACCUGGAAGUGCCGUAAAACUAACACCUGAUGGCAACUAUUUGCUGCGCUAUGGAGUUCCAGACUGGCUAUAUGAGGAAGAGAUUCUUUUGUCUGGAGAUGCAAUUUGGUGGGCUGAUUCAGGUGAUUAUGUGGCAUACCUCAGAUUUGAUGAUCGGUUGGUAAAUCGCAUUUAUAUACCGGAAUACUUUAGAGGGUCUCAAUAUCCGCAGUACAUAGAAAUACCAUAUCCUAAAGCAGGUGUCAAAGAGAAUCCACUAAUCACAUUAUACAUUUGGAAAGUGUCAACAAAGAAAUCAGUGAUCAUCGAGCCACCGCUUGCCCUUAUGAAGAUGAACCAAUCGUAUUACGUCUUCACUAGUAAGUGGCUGAAGAUGCCUAUCGAUGUACGACGUUCAUUCGGAUUCGAGCGGCUGUUGACCGUAUGGGCCACUCGUGAACAAAACCUCCUCUACAUCACUCUGUGCAAUGAUACCGAUUGCCUUCUAACUUAUACACAGUCAUUCACAAUAAAUGGUCAAAGCAUGUGGGCUGAGCCAAGUGAUUUUAAACAGAUACUUGCCUCUAGAGUUGGAUUCUUCGUUAUUCUUCCGCAUGCAUAUCAUGAUGGAAACAUUUACAACCAUAUCGCUCACAUACAAAUUUUGAAAAACGGCAGCGGUAGAAUUACGUCAUGGCAUGGAGAGUCGUAUGAUAUCCACGAAAUAAAAGCCUACAACAUGAAGUCAGACACUCUCACCUUUACUUCUGCCGGUGGAGCGAUUGGCACUAUGCAACUCUAUAAAUCAUCGGUCAUUUCGUUAUCCUCAUUCAUCUUGGAUUGCGACUACGGCUCUUUCGAUGUGUCUCCCGAUGGAAGACGUGUUGCUGCUAGCUGCCUUCAACCAUUCCGCAAUACCAAAAUGUACCUUAUGGAUAUAGACAUCCCUAGUAACAACAAGCUACUCGAAGGAGCCGAUGAGACCCAUAUUCCCUUCGAUCUGCCUGAGCUAUCUUUCGAGCUGAUGGAACUGCCAUCAAAUUAUGGCGAGUCUGAUUUUAAGGCACAUGUAGGAAUCAUGAAACCACCUAUGUUCGAUCCAACGAUGAAAUACCCUUUACUGGUUGAUGUUUAUGGUGGUCCGAACAGUUGUCGAGUUCGUCGAGUAACUCCAAACUCGAAUAUGAUAUACUUUUGCUCGCAUCUCAAUGCGAUCGUGGUUUGGAUUGAUGGACGUGGUGCUUCAAAUCGAGGAUGGAAUUUGAAAUCUCCUGUUUACAAGGCACUUGGACAAUACGAAACACAGGACACAAUUGACGCUGUGAAACUCCUCAUAUCUAAGUAUUCGUUCAUCGACGAACAGCGUGUGGCCAUUUUCGGCUGGUCCUAUGGUGGCUUUGUCAGCACAUACGCCGGCAUUCUUGAUCAAGGUAAAACCUUCAAAUGUGCAAUUGCGGUGGCACCGGUAUCGAACUUUAUGCUUUAUGAUAGCGCUUAUACGGAGAGGUAUUUGGGAGUUCCUCUGGAAAACCCAACUGGAUACAAUGCCACUCAACUACUAAAUAAAGCUGGUCUUCUCAAAAACGUCAAGUAUAUGCUCGCUCAUGGAGAAGCAGAUGAUAAUGUUCACUUUCAAAAUAGUGCGCUUCUGUCGGAGAAAUUACAAGCGGAACUGGUUCAUUUCACGCAACUUGUUUAUUCGAAUCAAGAUCACAACAUUGGAACCCGUCAAGCCCAUCUAUUCAUGGAAAUCGACCGAUUUCUUACUAACGAGUGUUUCAACGAUAUCUAA